AUCAGCCUUGGGUAUGGCGAAGAAGCGUUUUGUAGUAAGAGGCGUCGAUAACAACAGAGACAAAACGAAACAAGGAGUAAUUUUUAAGCUUUUAAAGCGAAAAUUAGUAUGGAACCAUGUUUAGAUUACCUUAGAAGAAUACACGUGUUAGUGGUACUGCUAAUGUGAUUAAGCUAACCAGCGUUUAGUCAGUGCAUCGAAAAGUCUAGCAGCUGCUGAACCUCAUCUGUUGCUAUGUGUUGACCUUAGCGUCUUAGCUGGAACAAGUCACAAUAUCAAGGUUUUUAAUUUCAGGUAUGUCUCCGGAGGGAAAAACCCAAAGUCCCCCUCUUGGUUUCAGCCCCACAGGGGAGGAUUUUCCUCUGAGUCGUGGUGAACUAGAAAGCAGUGUUGUGCCAAAAGACAAACUGGCACACAGUGUAUGGGCAAGAGCUGGGUCUGGCCAUGAAUACGUCAGCAAUGGGAAGAGGCCUUUUCUGACAGUCCUAGUUGAUGCAGAAGCUGCUGCUAGCGCUGCAGCAAUACAGCUUGUAGCUUUCAAAGAUGCAAUGGAAGAUGAAUUUGUGGGCUCUGGGAGGUCUACUAAAGACAAAAGCCAAAUUGUACGACAGAAAGGACUUUUGCUGGAAAAGUUGGAAGAAUUUAAACGGCUAAAUAAAUCAGUACGACAGAAGCUGAAACAACUCCAAGAUGCAGAGAUAUAUCGAAUUGAUGCUGACAGAAAGAUGGACACCUUACUGAAAAGAAUCAGAAAGGCUGAAAGUGAAAAUGAGCAUUUAAAAAAAGAUCUAAAUGAGACCGAGCUGAGGAUUGAGAAAAUGAUGGAUAUGAGGAAGGAAGAGCAGGCGAACGUUAAAAGUGUGGUUCACAUUACCAAGUCUGCUGAAACGACCCGCGCUCACCUGCAGGGACAACUGCGCAACAAGGAAGUGGAGAACAAUCGCCUGACUGUCCAGUUACGGUCCCUGGAGAGGACGGUAAUAGAGCAGAAGCUGGAGAUCGAGCAGCUGAAGGUAUCCUUUGCCUCCCUGACUAAAAAGGCAGCACAGGAUAAAGAAUGUCUGAAGAAAGCAACUCGAGCCCAAAAACUGAGAGCAGAGAGAUUUGAAAUUGCUAUAGAAAAAUGCUACGCCCAGCUUAAGGAAAAGGAUGCUGAACUAGCUAAAGCCCGCUCAGAAAAAGAUUCCAGGAGACAGCAGAAGGAGCAGAUGACUGAUGAGAAAGAAAAACUUGUUGCUCACAUUAACCUUCUGAAAAGUCAAUUUGCAGAUUUGAAGCUGAGGUUGCAGAAACAGAAAGACGAGCUAAGUGCAGCUAAUGAAAGAAUGGCAGAAAGGCUUGAAAAACUGAUUGCUGAAAAUGGAGACCUUACCAUCAGCAAUGCAACACUCAAGGCGUCUGUAGCUCGGUUGGAGGAGCAGCUUGCUGAUUGUGAGUCGGCGCUCAUUGAGGAGAAAACUACUUCUCUAGAGAGGAAACGUGAAGCAGAACAAUGCCAGUAUGAGGUAGCAGAACUUAGAGCUGAGAUUGAAACCAUUCGAAUGAAACAUUCUGAUCUUUUGAGGGAAACUGAAAAGAGAAGAGGGGGAAAAGGAACCGAAGUUCAGAUGGUGAGGCAGGAGCUGCAGGGGCAUGUAGAGGAGCUGAAGGUUUACCCUCAGUUACUGAGUGAAGCUGAGCAGAGUCUCUUUCAAUGUCAGGAGAACCUGCAGAGCUUGGAGAGAAAGUGCUCAGAAAAGUCAGAGUCGGUUAAGCAUCUGCAGUUGAAGAUGGAGAGUCAAGCUAAACAGCUGAGUUCAUCUGUGGAGAUGAGAGAGUCGGUUCGUGAAGCCAAUCUGAAAGUGCAAGAAAAAGUCAAUUCGCUCCAAAGAAAAAUGGACCUGCUGCAGCAGGAGAACCUGGAGUUGGUCCGGAAGCUGGCAUCUCAGGAAGAGGCUCUUAACUACAGCAACCGGCAGCUGGAUCAGCGCUCCUCAGAGUGUCAGGCUUUAAACUGGCAGCUGGAAGCAGCUUUGUCAGAUGUCAGAGAGCAGGUGAUCAAAGUAAAAAGUCAAGCGUCCUCCAGAGAAGAGACUCUUCAGACUAAAAUCCUGGAGCUGCAAGCUGAGAAGAGCAGAAUGGAUAAUGAACUGAGGCUUCUACGUCAAAGCAAGCAAACGGCAAAAAAGCAGUUUGAGGUACGACUGAAGGACCUGCAGCUCAGUCUGGAUCAAUCAGAGAGCAACAACAGAAGCAUUCAGAACUACGUAGAUUUCCUCAAAAAUUCUUACAAAACAAUGUUUGAUGACGGGCUGCAAACAUCAGCUUUGGGAUCAUCUUAUUUUUUUAGAUGAUGAAAGCUUGAAUUAGUGAAGUUUUCUAAGUAACUAUUUAUUUUAAAUAUGACUCAAGCAAAAAAAAUGUCAUCUCAGGUCCAAACUCUUGGUGCUACUUUUGUAGAUGUGACCGUAAACCAGCUGCAGCAGCAACAAUUAUCCUCAUCUGUGAGCUCUGAUAAUGUUGCUGAUUUUCCUCUUCUUUUUUCAAGGCC